AUGUCCAAAGAGCACAUAAUGGCAAUCCGCAACAAGAACAUCAACCCGAUGACCAGUAAGAUUACUUACUACAAGAAGCCAGUGUUCAUCCACCAGGGACACAUGCAGUGGCUGUGGGACAUGGAUGGAAGGAGAUAUCUGGAUUUGUUUGCUGGUGUCGCUACUGUGGCUGUGGGUCACUGCCACCCGAAGGUUACGGCAGCAGUAGAGAAGCAGCUGAAGAAACUGUGGCACACUACUAACAUCUACGUCAACGCUCCACUCCAUGAGUACUGUGAGAAACUGGCCUCCCACUUACCGGAUCCUCUUAAGGUGAUCUAUCUGACCAACAGCGGCUCAGAGGCCAACGAUCUGGCGAUGCUGAUGGCUCGGAUCCACACGGGCAACUAUGACAUCAUCACGUUCAGAGGGUCGUACCACGGAGGCAGCCAACAGACUAUGGGUCUCACCUCCCAGUCGUCUUAUAAAUACCCCAUCGCCACAAGUUCAGGAUGCACACAUACCAUGUGUCCUGAUGUGUUCAGAGGCCCAUGGGGAGGAAGCCACUGCAGAGACUCUCCUGUGCAGACCAUCAGACAGUGUAGCUGUGUUCAAGGUCAGUGCAUGGCAAAUGAACAUUACAUCGGACAGCUCAAAGAGACAUUUGCUGCGAGUGUCCCAAGCAGAGUUGCUGGUUUCUUUGGAGAGCCUAUUCAGGGAAUGGGAGGAGCAGUGCAGUACCCUAAGAACUACUUCAAGGAAGCCUACAAGCUUGUCAGAGAGAAAGGAGGAGUCUGCAUCGCUGAUGAGGUCCAGACUGGAUUUGGACGAACAGGAACCCACUUCUGGGGAUUCCAGGGUUAUGGAGUUCUUCCUGAUAUUGUGACAAUGGCCAAGGGCAUCGGUAACGGAUUCCCAAUGGCAGCUGUAGUUACAACACCAGAAAUUGCUGCUUCCUUUGCUAAAGCCUACCACUUCAACACCUUUGGAGGAAACUCUGUGGCCUGUGCUGUUGGUUCAGCCGUGCUCAAUGCUAUCAGAGAGGACGGCUUACAGCAGAACUGCCAUCAUGUGGGCACUUAUCUGAUGACCGAGCUGGCUAAACUCAGAGACAAGCAUGAAAUCAUUGGUGAUGUCCGUGGAAAAGGCCUGCAGAUCGGAGUGGAAAUGGUCAAAGACAAGGCCAGCAGAGAGCCGCUUGGUCCUGAGGCAAUGAUGGAAAUCUUUGAGGACGUGAAGGACAUGGGAGUCCUGAUUGGGAAGGGAGGACUGUACGGACAGACUUUCCGCAUCCAACCGCCCAUGUGCAUCACGACAGCAGACGUGGAUUUCUUCCUGGCAGUGUUCGACAAAGCCAUCCACAACUACAUGGACAGACAGUAAGCGGGUCAGAGGAGGAAAAAUCAGUGCUGAGGACUGAAGCUGGAAACGCACUAAGUAGCCAACAUCACUUUUGCGAAUCUCUAUGAAUGUUAUAAAUGUAGCUAUUCUUUAGUCACCCUGUUGUUUCCUUUACGGCUUUUUUUUCUGCAUGUUAUAACUUAUGGAAAACAUAUACACUGCAAUCAGUUCAACUUUUUUUUUCUUUUACAGACUCAGUUAUUUAACCCUCGUGUCGUCCUGUGGGUCAAAAUUGACCCGUUUUAAAGUUUGAAAAUGUAGAAAAUAUAUAUAUUUUCACAGGGAACUUCUGAUGUCCAUAUUUUCAACAUUU